CCCCCAGCCUGGGUCAAGGCGAAUAACCUGAUCCCCUCCCUGGCUGAGCAGCAGGUCGGUGGUCCCUGUUGGUCCCCGAGAAUCUCCUGGUGCCGCCGCGGAGCGAAGCGACGCGCAGGCAGGGUGGCCACUGCAGUGGGUGUGGAUGUGUGUGACAGCAUGAAGAACCGGAUCCCUGUGGUGCUUCUGGCCUGUGGUUCCUUCAACCCCAUCACGAAUAUGCACUUGCGAUUGUUUGAGGUGGCCAGAGACCACCUACACCAAACAGGAAUGUACCAGGUGAUCGAGGGCAUCAUCUCACCUGUCAAUGACAGCUAUGGGAAGAAAGACCUGGUGGCUUCCCAUCACCGGGUAGCCAUGGCCCAACUAGCCCUGCAGACAUCUGACUGGAUUCGAGUGGACCCCUGGGAGAGUGAGCAGGCACAGUGGAUCGAGACGGUGAAGGUGCUGAGGCACCAUCGCAGCCAGCUGCUGAAAUCCUCAGCCCAGACGGAAGAUCCAGACCCCAGCAAAACGCCAUCAGCCUCUGCAGCACUGCCUGAGUUGAAACUCCUCUGUGGAGCAGAUAUCCUGAAGACCUUCCAGACCCCCAACCUCUGGAAAGAGGAGCACAUCCAGGAGAUAGUGGAGAAGUUUGGCUUGGUGUGUGUGAGCCGCAGUGGUCAUGACCCGAAAGGGUACAUCUUGGACUCACCCAUCCUCCGACAGUUCCAGCACAACAUUCACCUGGCCAGGGAGCCCAUUCAGAACGAAAUCAGUGCCACAAAAAUCAGGAAAGCCUUGGGCCAAGGGCAGAGCGUGAAGUACCUCCUCCCUGAUGCUGUCAUCACCUACAUCAGGGACCAUGGCCUCUACAACAAUGGCAGUUCCUGGAAAGGAAAAGGAAAGAUUAGCUAGAGGGCCUCCCGAAGAAUGGCAGUUAAGAGCUUUGUUUUGCUUUGGGGUCUGUGUUUCCCUGUUUGUUUUGUUUCUAUGAUGAUUAUACCAUGGUUGACUCCCUACUGCAGAAAGAGAUUGUUUCUAUGGCUGGGACUGUCAUGUAUCAGAGCAACUUAAAUGGCGCAGCAAGUCAUCGGAUUAGGCAAAAUCUCAAAAUCUCUCAGGGCCACUGAUGAAGAGACCUACUUACUUGUGUAAAUGGUAAUUAAAUGAUGCACUUAUGCUAUUCUGAACAUGGCAAGUACCUGAGAGGUUGGAUCACAGUUGUCCUCAUGCAUUUUUUUUUUCAACAGACCAGGUGCAGCAUGCUGGUCUUAAUUGGCAGGAUUUGACAAGGUGCUGAUUACUGAACAGUAAUUAGCCUUUGCAGUGUCCUUGUUCAAAUCAUAAUACCAGCUAAGGAUUUAGAAAUCUGGAAACAGUACAUCAUUGAUUUCCAGUUUGUCCUCCCUUAUAACCUUACAAACCAUGGUCUGCCUGCCCGCCUGCCUACCUGCCCGCCUAUGGUAUAGCAGUAAAAAACUUUUGAUCACCCCCUUUCUAUGUUAUGGUCAAGCAAUAUUUGUAAGAUUUAUUUUAAUAUGUGUGUGUGUGUGUGUGUGUGUGAUAUGUGAGAGGAAAUCAAAGGGACCUCAGAGUUCCUGAAGCUGGAGUUAUAAGCAGUUGUGCACCACCUGAUGUGGGUGCUGGGAACCAAUCUUAUAGAAAAGAAGCCAAUGCUCUUAGCCACUGAGCCAUCUCUCCAAUCCCCUCAAGCUAUAUUUUUGAUACAGCAAGUAUUUUUACAUUGCUAUACUCUAAACCCCAGGGUUCCCAAUAUCCUGAUUUCUAAAAAGGGACUGAAGUAAAACAGAUGCUGGCUGUUUUAGAAGACUUUUUGAAUGUUUUAUGACUGCCUGACUGUUGGAAUAUUGGCAAAAGGAUAAAUAAUAAAUCGACAUCAAAAAGUA